GCAUCUGUGUGCGUGCUGUAGGACAAGAGGCCGUGCAUCACAAAACGAGAUUGUAGUUGUCACAGGAAUUCCUGCUCUUGGAAAUUGUAAUAUUUAUGAGCGUUCUCCGUAAACAAUCCUACCCAUCUAACGGCUUGAGCUUCUGACAGCAGUUGAAAGAAAAGUUAGCAAAUAUGCUUUCAAGUUCCACACCUGUCAGCAUUAAUUUAAAAUCUUCCACAUAGAUCAACGUUUUAAGUGAAGCUGUCACUGCUUUCCGGGUGUGUGCAGCCGCCCUUUAUCCCCCCUGCGACCUCUGAAGUACUCUCCCCUCCUGAGGUCAGUCUGCAAACCAUGGUGCUGGAGAAACUUCUGGGUUUUGGAAAACAGUUGCUGAGGGUGAAGGUGGUGAACUCGAAUUCCGAGGACUCCCGUCUGUCUCGAUGUCUCAACACCUUCGACCUGGUAGCCCUGGGUGUGGGAAGCACGUUGGGUGCUGGUGUUUACGUGCUUGCUGGUGCUGUUGCACGAGACAAUUCAGGUCCUGCUAUCAUCCUGUCUUUCUUGAUAGCUGCCUCAGCCUCAGUGUUGGCAGGUCUUUGCUAUGCUGAGUUUGGAGCCCGUGUCCCGAAGACGGGCUCUGCUUAUCUUUACUCAUAUGUGACAGUCGGAGAACUCUGGGCUUUCAUUACUGGAUGGAACCUCAUUCUCUCUUACAUUAUUGGUACCUCGAGUGUUGCCCGUGCAUGGAGCGCCACCUUUGACGAGUUGGUAGGGAAACGCAUUGAGGAGUUCUGCAGAGAACACAUGUCUAUGAAUGCACCAGGUGUGCUGGCAGAAUACCCUGACAUGUUUGCAGUUCUCAUCAUAUUUACUCUCACAGGUCUUUUGGCAUUUGGAGUGAAGGAGUCAGCGAUGGUGAAUAAGGUGUUUACCUGUGUCAAUGUUUUAGUCUUAUUAUUCAUGGUGAUCUCUGGGCUGGUCAAAGGCACUUUGAAGAACUGGCAGGUUGUUCCAGAGGAGAUCCUACAUGUCAAUCAUACGAAUAGCUCAAGCCAAAAUUUGACUGCCAUCCUGCCAUCCAAGGAGAGCAUAGGACAGGGUGGCUUUAUGCCAUUUGGCUUCACAGGAGUACUUUCAGGAGCUGCUACAUGUUUCUAUGCCUUUGUAGGCUUUGACUGCAUCGCCACCACAGGCGAGGAGGUGAAGAACCCCCAAAGAGCCAUUCCUAUUGGGAUCGUGUCCUCACUGCUGAUUUGUUUCGUUGCUUACUUUGGUGUUUCCGCUGCCCUCACCCUCAUGAUGCCGUACUAUCUUCUGGACAGCAACAGCCCUCUGCCUGUAGCUUUUAAAUAUGUAGGCUGGGGAGGAGCCAAAUAUGCUGUAGCUGUAGGCUCUCUUUGUGCUCUGUCCACUAGUCUUUUGGGUUCCAUGUUCCCCCUACCCCGUAUCAUCUUUGCCAUGGCACGAGAUGGCCUUCUCUUCUCCUUUUUGGCCCAUGUCAGCAAAAGGAAGGCCCCCAUAAACUCCACCUUUGCGGCUGGGGUCAUGUCUGCAAUCAUGGCGUUUCUGUUUGACCUGAAGGACCUGGUGGACCUCAUGUCAAUAGGAACGCUGUUGGCCUAUACGUUAGUGGCCGCCUGUGUGCUGGUGCUAAGAUACCAGCCAGAGAUUCACGGCCCAGUGUACCAGAUAGCCAAUACCCAUGAUGAUCCAGACUCCAGUGAUGGGAUCAGUGUGCCCAGUAUGGGCAUUCUUCCUGGUGUGGAGGAGAGAUUCAAUUUCCAGACUCUUCUGUUUCCAAACAACCCUGAGCCGUCCGCACUGUCAGGCUUCACUGUUAACAUCUGCACCUCUGCCAUAGGAAUGUUGAUCCUGGCCUUCAGUAUACUGGCCGUGCAGGGAGGCCUCACUUCAUGGAACAUGGUAGCCCUGAGUGUGAUCUUCAUGGUGUGUCUCGUCCUGGUUUUCAUAAUCUGGAGGCAGCCUGAGAGUAAAACAAAACUCUCCUUCAAGGUUCCCCUGCUGCCUUUCAUUCCAGUCAUAAGCAUGUUUGUCAAUGUCUACCUGAUGAUGCAACUGGACAGAGGAACAUGGGUCAGAUUUUCCAUCUGGAUGGCUAUAGGUUUAGUCAUCUACUUCUGUUAUGGCAUUCGUCACAGCUCUGAGUCGACCUCUGCUCGCCUGUCUCUGGUAACAGAGAUGAAUGGUUUUAAUCUUGAUCAUGAAUUGGAAGCCAUGUCAAUAGAGAAAGAAGCUUUUCUCAAUGACGGCCUUGAUGUCAGGGAAGAAAACGACAGAGGGUUAUAGAAGGGACUAUAACACACAGCUCCAUGUCCACCUGCCCUGACACCAGGCUGUCAUUGUAGAAGGGUUUUUGACAGUCCACUACUUCACCUCUCCUUUGGGGGGAAACCUAUGCUACAAAAAUGCGAACUGUGACACCCCCAUCUAGGUCCUGAUCGCAUUGCAGCCAGGUGGUGAUGAAUCCCUUGCAGAAAAUCAAACAGAAACACUCAGUGGAGUCAGUAUUUUUGCAUGGCCUCGAGAUUCAGCUGCUCAUUACUGCCUGACUGUCUGUGGAAGAAGGGCUUUCAUUAAAGACAUUAAUGUUUAAUGGAAGUGGAGAGGUAGAGUACGGCCAUGUUAAGUUCCUCUACAUGUUGAGUUGGAGUGUUUAUAGGUUAAAUUACUAGCAGUAAGAUUGUGGAGUGGUUGAUGUUGUGCUGCCAGAACAUUUUCUAAAAAAUAGAUUGAUUUUUAUAUAUAUAUAUAUUAAAACAUAAUGUCUACAUAAAUCUGAAGAACAUACAGCCAUCUCAGUACUUUAUAAAAUGUGUUACCACAGUGUGCUUUGUUUGAAACUGGUCGGUGGAUCUUUAGUGAUGUAACCUUCGGGGGAAACAAUGAUUUAAAGUAGCCAGCAGCAUUAUUUACUUACCUAAAAAAUGUUCAUAGGAAGAUAGAAAAAAGUAGAUUUUGAGAUGUUAUUUCAGUAGAAAGGGGAAUUUUUAUAACAGUUAUUUCAAGUUGACCAGCCAUUGUCCUCUCUUUAUUUUCCUGAAAUUGAUUGAAAAGAGUCCGUAUUUCCUGUCUACAUGUUACCUGUAAAAGAUAAUCAACAUCAGCUGGGUGUAUAUUUUGAUAAGUCAUAAUAACUUUUUCCUCUACACCUAUAUCACUAGUUGUCCUCAUGACAACAUCUUCUCAUCUUUAAAUUUGUCACCACAUUUUUCAAGAUGUCUGGGUAAAUUCUAAAAUGAUGUCUUUGAAUUUUUAACGAAAAUUUGCUUAGGAGAAGGGUCAAUCAUUGUACAUAAACACUCUAUAAGGGUGUUUAUGUACAAAACGUUGGUUUUAAUGUGAAGACUAUACUAACCACAAACCUUUAGUCUCUACGAUCUUGUUACCUUGGUGAAAAAUCAAGCAUAUUUCUUAACAUGCUUCCAUUAUGUUAAGCCAAACCUUUAAAACUUUUCAUUUUGUUACACUGAUUCCUCAGUCUGUUAGUAGUGUCCAUUUUGAAUUUAUUCACAUUAAUUAUAUUCAACUCUUUAAGGGAUUGGUCCUCUGAUUUCUUCUCAUCGCACUGCUUGUUGAAUGUUACUGAAUGUGUUUGGGAGAAAGGGGAAAAUAGUGCCUUUCUAGUAUAGACAUAUUUUUUGCAAUAAAUCUUUCUUGACCAUAAUUUCAAAGAAUCUUCGCUCUAUACCUUUUCUUAAGUUUCACCAAACUCUGAGCAAAGGUACAACUAUUACAGGUUUUAGAUGAACUUCAUAGACUUCCACAUUCCCUGCCAUUAUGGCCAGUUCUUACAAUUAAACUCUAAGACAAAAUUGCAUUUACUUCACUUUGGAAACAAUUGCUAAAUCAAUUGAAGUGCAACAAUUUAAACUGGUGCAACAUAUUCCAAAACAAUGUAGCAGCAGCAUGUCUAUUGUUUAUAAAAUUAAAAAUUGAUUAACAAUACGCUUUGCAUGGGUGAUGUUAUGGUUUUAAUUUAUGGAUUGGAUCACACAGUGUUAUAGAAUUGGAUUUAUGGCUAUAAAAUGUUUCUAUGUUUUGUUUGAGUUGUCUCUUCUGUGCAUAUUAUUCAAAAUUUAUUUACAAGUAAACUAUAUAGAAAAUAUUAAAUGAAGCAGCAAUGACUAUCACGAAAAGCUGAGAAAAUUCAAUCAUUCAAAGAUUCAGGGCCAUUUUCCUUGAUAAAUUUUACCCAUGCAAUCUGUUGCCACCCUGGUAACGGGAUGAAACUGGAAAAGUGUUCUGAUCUAAAAAACUUGUAGGAACUCUUUUGAAUUUGAAUUGCUAUUGUUUUCAAUAACAAAUUGCUAUGUUAUUGACUUUUAUGUGAGCAUAAAUCAAAAUUCAAACUUCAUAUUCACUUGAUGUAAUAAGGUAAGGUGAAGUCAGAAAAGGUACUGGAAUAAUUUUUACACCAUUGUAGCUUGGCAUUUACAGCCUUUGUUAAUUAACUUUUCGCUCAAAUAUUUUCCAGUAUGGGUUUUACCAGUAUGCCUUUGCUAAAUGACUUUGCCAUUCGAACAUAUGCAUAUUACUGUUACCACCCAUUUUCAAAACCUUUGCUAUUUGCUUUUUUUCUGCUGAAGUUUUUGAUAAAAUGCAAUAAAAUAUGUAGGAAACAAAGACAGGGAAAUUUGUUAUUGUGACGUAAUUGGCACACUUGUACGAUUAUUUCCCAAGACUUUCAUUAAAAUAAAUAUCACGUACAUUGUCAAUUAAUAUAGUUUUGGAUAAUUCUUUAAGACAUUGGUGUGCAGCUUCAGUCGUGGAGGGCUGGUGCCCUGACAGUUUUAUAGAAGUGUUUGCUGAAAUAGAACAGAUUUAAACUACAUUCUCAACAUGUCAAAGUUCUGCAGAGACCUAAUGAACUGGUUCGGGUGUGAAGAACCAGUGAAAAAAACACUAAAACAUGCAGGAUACCAGCAGCCCUUGUAUACAGACUUUUGACACCGCUGCUUGAAAACAAGAUGGCAGUCAA